CAGGGAACAGACAGUGAGCAUGCAGCCAGACAGUGAAGAUGAACGGAUAGAUGGGUGGAAGGAUGGAUGUCAGACAGAGAGGAUUUGUGGGAGAAAGUCAGAGACAAGGGGAGAGAGAGGUGCAGAAAAAGACCUGUAGCUUUCUCUUAUUCCUUCAUUCUUCUCGUCUCUGGAUUUUUAAGCUGCAGCCAAGUAAAGAUGCAAUCCUGCGUUCUGAGUCACAUCGCCUUUUCUGUGGCAAGGUACCUUUAUUCACCAAACUGGUGGAGUCCACCAGACGGAGGUGCUGGGUGGCUAAUCACUGGCUGUGAUCGCUGGUCCAUGAGGAGCAUGAGUCAUGACCUCAGUGGUGCUGGUUGACACUGGAGGGACGGUGGUGGAGUAUGUUGCAGCUGAGGAGGACCCCCAGCAGGAUGGAGAGUGUGAGGUGGACCGGGAGUUUGAAGGAGAGGAAAAGAGUGAAUGUGAAGCUGAGGAGAUCUGUGAAGAAGUACGGGACAGAGAGGAAGCUGAGGACCACCCAGCAGUAAUAGUGGAGGAGGUACCCGGUGCCUGCCUGGCUGAGGAGCAAGGUUACUCAGCCCAGGUGUUGGUGUACGAUGACGAGGCCUACCUGAUGCAGGAAGUGGGCGAUGAGCAGGAGGUAGAGACAGAAGGGGAGGCAGUGGAGGCUUCUGUUCAUGGCACAAGUGUUCACUGCUCUGACAAGACCAUUGAGGCUGCAGAGGCUCUGCUACGCAUGGACUCCCCCUCUAGCCUCAAAGAAGACCGUAGCCCAGAAUCAUUUGUCCCGCCUUGCAUAGUGACGCCAGAUUUCCUUCAUGCGGCCAUGCGGCCUGACAUGAUUACAGAGACAGAGGUGGAGAUUUCGACGGAGGAGUGCUGCGAGGAAGAAGAUGAGGAGAUGGUCACACUGCUUGAAGAACCAGAUCCAGGCCAAGAGCCUGUCAGGAAGAGGAGAGCUGGACGGAAGCCAAAGACUCAUCAGUCAGCUAUUUCCAAUGGAUCACUGGACCUUGGCAUCAAGAAGAAACCAAGAGAAGGCAAAGCAGGCAGCACCACCUACCUGUGGGAGUUCCUGUUGGACCUCCUCCAGGACAAGAACACCUGUCCCAGGUACAUAAAGUGGACCCAGAGGGAGAAGGGCAUCUUUAAACUGGUGGACUCAAAGGCUGUGUCCAAGCUGUGGGGCAAACACAAAAACAAGCCAGACAUGAACUACGAGACCAUGGGACGAGCACUUAGAUAUUACUAUCAGCGCGGCAUCCUCGCCAAGGUAGAGGGCCAGCGGCUGGUUUACCAGUUCAAAGAGAUGCCCAAAAACAUAGUCAUCAUUGACGACGACAAGGCAGACAUGCCCUCUCCUGACGAUUUGAUUGGCUCUGAGACUGUAUCCUAUGAGCGUGUUCCACCUCCAUCAGAUAUGCUGCUGCAGGCGACGGAGUUGCCAGCCUCCAAGAAGCCCAACAUCCUACGGGGUGGAAACAGGGCCAAUGUGGUCCAUACUACUGUCACUACAGGCAGCAAGCCAGUAGCAGGGGGUGGUGCAGCGAUGGUGACGGGGGUGCCAAGAAUAGUGUCUGUUUCAGGAGCAUCGGAUGUGAGUCAGACCCAGCAGUCUCACACAGCUAUCAUCCCUACCGCCACUGGGCCCAGGACGGUGCGGGUGGCAAUGCAGGUGCCUGUUGUCAUGACAACAUCACUGGGUCAGAAGAUCUCCACUGUUGCUGUGCAGCAGCCAACAGGAACAACAGGGGCAGCCAGCCACACCACCCUCCUCACAAACACUUCUGCUGGUAACGCCAGCUCACAACAGAAGGUUGUGAUCCAGACCAUCCCCACCAUGGUCCCAGCCACAGCAGAGAACGGAGACAAGAUCACUGUCCAGCUGGCCAAGAUCAUCACAAUCCCAGCCCACCAGCUAGCUCAGUGUCAGCUCCAGACCUCCACAGGCUCAAACAAGUCCAGCGUUGGGGGCUCCCCAGCGGGCAUCAGCCUCCUUGGGAGCCCCCUGACGGUCCGGGCCCUGGCACCUGUCAACGUCGCCCCGGGAACGCAAGUGAUGAGACUCACUGUGCCAACGCAGACGCAACAGCAGACUCUGGUGGUGUCUCAGUCAGGUAGUGGGGCGGGGGUAGUAACGGUAUCAACAGCUAAUCAGACAGUGACGGCACAGCCUCGGAUCAUAAGCGGCAUCAUUAAUGGUUCCGAGCUGGUGAUAGGAACACCAGCAACCGGAGGAGUCACAGUGGAGAAGCUGAAGGCUGCAGGAGUCCCGGCCCAACUGCCGAUUGCAGUCCAGCAGAACCAAGUGAACCCCAAAACUAUCCAGAACGCCCAAUCAGAGGCUGUGGACGCUGAGGUGGUUAUCAAACUGGAAACACCUGGCGUGACAAUAAAGACUGAAGAGCCUGAGUGUUAAAAUGCACACAUCUACCCGUAUCCAUCUUUUCCUUCUCCGCCAGAGACGGUUAGUUUGUACAUGUGUGACAUCAUUUUUACUCUUGUAAUAACCAGCAGCAGUCUGUGAGACUUUAAAGACUCCUGAAGGCCUGUUUUUAGUCCUGAACCUGUCUUCACAUCUUCCCUGUUGCUACCCCGAACUUAACUGAUCGAAGCCGGUCCUCAGAACCACACUGAAACCUCUCCGAGUGUCGUGUAUGGAGUUCAGACUACUCCGCAAUGUAGAAAUACACACAGACUUUAAAGGGACUUGUUGGGAAAAGUAAAGGGACCAACUUUGAUCACUACAAUUUAUGCCUUGUUAAAGGAUCGCUGUACUCACUGACUCAAAUUGGGGGAAAAGGAACGAUUCCUGGGGAAAAAAAAAAAAAAAAAUGCUGAAACACUACAAAACAAGGCAAAUAAUUACAACUACCCAAAUUUUGAACUAUCAAAAAAAAAAACAGUGAGGGAUGUAAUGAAGCUUUUGUAGAGACCAUUUGUUUAUAAUUUUGCUUCUACAGAUGUGAAAACCAGCAACUUCUUUUUUUUUUUCAUACUUAUAUCACUGUGCAGAUCAAGUGUAGGUGGUGCUACCUGAGUGCUGAAAGCGUGAGAGAAAGAUGGAGAAUGUGGAGCUGGAAGAAGCUCCAAGAAGGAACGAUAUCAGACAGAAAAUGGUCAUGUAUGUACAUAGAUAUAAAUAUAUCGACUAUAUACAGUUUAUGGAGCUAAAGUUAACAGAACAGCCCUAGAUUUUAAUUUUGACUUUUUUUCAUGUAUCGUCUGAACAGUAAGCUGAUAUUUGUUUGUGUUUUGAUACCUUGUACCAGGCACAGUAUUAUUGAAACUAGGUAAAGUAAUAUUUGUAUUAUUAUUAGUUCCUCUGUCUCUUAUCAGGCUGUUAAAUGCUCCUAUAGAUUCAAACAGACACAUGGUGUAGAUCAGUGGCCAGAUUGCUUGCAGUGUGUCCUCCAGCAUCUAGGAAAACCUUUAGGUUUGAUUACCAGACUUAUUUGACUAAGGAAUCUUGGCUUUUUCUCAAUUCUUUUUUUUUUUUUUUUUUUUU